AUGUACAUUAUAGUAGGCAUAUCAGUUGAAUUCAUUUAUUUAGUAAACCUCGUUUUAAUUAUAGCUGUGAGAAAUAAGCAAAAUAACAUGCAUUACUAUUUCUUUACCUACCUCAAGUUCAAUAAUUUUUAUUAAGGAUUUGUGUCAUUAAUCAAUCUUAUAUCGCUUAUUCCUACUCAUUUCAUAGUGAUUGUAUAUUUAAAGUAUAAAUAAGAUCCUGGUGUUUCUUAACUGGAGAUAGAUAUUCCAAAGGUAGUGAAUUUGAUUUUAGUAACUAAGCUAUUAAGAUAUGUAAAUAUAAAAGAGUUUUUAGCUAAAUUUGAGCAUUUGAUAAAGUUCCUAGAUUUUAAUAAGCUAACUUUCUUUAGAAUAUUUGUUACUUUACUCUAGCUUUUACAGAUUAUACAUUUAUUUGCUUGCUGUUUUGUAUUUUACAAUAUUUAUAUAGGAUCUGGGUACUUUUCUAUUACUUAGUAUGAUGUUUCAGGUGAUUAUAUAAAAUACGUUAUUGGCUUAGAAUGGGCUGUAGAAUCUAUGAUAGGAUCUUGCUUUGGUGAUGUUUAUCCUCAUACUGAUGGAGAAAUUUUUUUAACUUUCUUUUCCAUGAUAGCUGGAGCAGUUUUCUAUUGCAAAAUAUUCUCUGAUUUUAAUAGCAUAAUCUAAAUUAAUUAGCAAUUCACCUUAGAGCUGAGAGACAAAGAAAAACAAGCUUACUUUAUUGCUAACAACAAGCAAGUAUCAUAAAGAACAUUUGAAAAAAUACAGUAUUUCUACAAUAAUUUUGAAGAAGGAUAAAAAAUUUUAAUGUAUUAUAGCAUAAUUAAAGAACUCCCUUCUUAAUUAAAGUAAGAAGUGCUAUAGAAAUUUCAAUAAAGUUUGGUUCAAAAAGUGUAAAUCUUUAAUUUAGGGCAAACAGAAUUUGUCAAUAAAAUGAUUUAAAAAAUGUAUCCUCAAGUUGCUGUUAAAGAUGAUUUUGUAUUAAAAAUGGGAGAAUCAGCAUAAGACUUUUUUAUAUUAGCUAAAGGCAAGGUAGAAAUUAUAAAUCGUGAUAAAAAGAAGGUGAUUAGAGUACUAGAACCAGGAGCUUAUUUUGGAGAAAUUGCUAUUCUAAUCAAUUAACAUAGAACAUGCUUUGCAAAGGCAUAAAAUGAUUGCAUUUUUAUGUGUAUAAAAAAGGAUGAUUUUUUAGGUAUUUUAAACCAGUUCCCUUAAAUUAAGAACUUUCUUAUAAAAGUUGCACAAUAAAGAAUGGGCACUAUUAACUAUGAAGAGAAUAAUUAAAAUCGUAUUAUUGAUAAAAUUUAAACCAAGAAAUUAAACUUUUAUUCUAAAAUAGUUAAUCAAGACUCAAAUGAUUCUCUGGUUAUGAGGAGAAUGCAAAUACUUACUACAUAAAACAAUAACUAGAGCCAUGAGGAUCUUUUUAGCUAAAAAACUAUUUAAAAUAAUACAUAGAAUAACCAGCUAUAAACUAUUAAUAAUGAAGAGGAAUCAUUUAUGGGUGAUAGUAUUUAUACUUCUUUUAAAAAUGAACAUUUAAACAGAAAAAUUAAAAACCUAAAACAGUAAAAAAAUUUAAAAGUUCUAAUUCUUAAUAGUCAGGCUAUGUUUUGCUGGGCUAUGGUCUUACUUUUAUGUUUAACUUACAAUCUUUUUUACUCACUUUACAGUAUUUUUUUUAGUGACGAUCUCUAAACUAAACCUUUGUUACUGAUAGAAACGCUUAGUUUUUUUAUCAACUUAAUUGACUCUGUGAUUUUCUCUAAACUCUCUACUUUUUCAAAAAAAAAUAAAGAUUUUAUUUUGAAUAACAAAUAAAUUCUUUUCAAAUAUUUAAAUAAGGAAUUUUUCUUCGAUGUAUUAGCCACAGUACCUUUCCCCAAUAUAUAUGAACUAGUUUGUGGUGAGAAUGAAUUUAUGGAUAAUAUGUUAUUCAUAAGACUAUUUAGAUUGCUAAGAUUGAUAAAAUUCAGAAGAUUAUAGUAAUAUAUUUAUAUUUUACAAGAACAAUACAAGACUAAUUUUAAAUAUGGUACAUUCUUUAAAUUGGCUUAUGUAUACUUUUUCUUGAACCACCUUAAUGCCUGCAUUAUGUACAUUAUAUGCAAAUUUGAAUAUGAUAGAAAUUUAGUAAACUCACUUGGUUUCUAAAUGAAUAUAACUUCAAUUCGUUAGGAGAGGCCCUUUAUGUACACACACGUUUAUAUAAAUUUCUUGUAUUGGUCUUUUUGUGUCAGCACUCAGGGAGCAUAUGGUGAUAUCUCAGCUAUUAGUGCUAUUGAAAAAACAUACCAAAAUAUUGUUAAUGUAUUUUUUAAAAUAUUUUUCUGUUACGUUUUUGCAAAUCUAGCUUCUAUAAACACAGUUUCAAAAAAUAUGCGUGAGUAAUAUUUAGAAGAAUUAGAUUCUUUUAAGUACUGGUCUAAAUUAAUAGGAUUACCAUCAGAAAUAGAAAAUAGAAUUAUUAAGAUUUACAAUUAUAGGUGGAACCAUUAGAAAGGAGUAGAUGAAAAACAAUUAGAAGAAAGUUUGCUGCCAGAUAGCAUAAAAAAUAAAAUGAUGAACAAAAGAAUGAAAUUCAUCAUUUAGCUUGUAAAUCCCCUUCAAAACUAAAAACUGAUGAGUAUCUAAAUCUUAUUUCUUAAAAGAUUUGAAAAAGUUUUAAUUACUUAAGGAGAAUAUGUUUUCAAAAAAGGGGAUUUAGCUGAAGAAAUUUACUUUAUUGAAGAAGGAAUAGUGUAAAUAAUAAACAUUAAAUGCAGUAAUAAUAAUAAAAAAGAAGAAGAAAUCUUAGCCGAGAUAAGUUCAUAAGGUUAUUUUGGUGGAAUAGAAUUUAUCAAUGAAGUUCCAAGUCUCAGAAAAGUCUCUGCAAGAGCUAAGACAAAUAUAUCUUUAUUCUUACUAACUAUGGAAAAGUAUUCACAAUUUAUAUCUGAGUAUCCAGAUGCUAAGUUAUUUAUCAAGAAUAUUUAUCGUCAAACCAGUUAAAACAAAAAAAAGAAAAAAUAAUUUGAUGAUUAAGAGCUUUAAAAUAAUAUUUUUAGCUAAAAUAAAUAAAAAGAAAUUAGUUAGAACUUUUUGAGUUUUGAAAGUAUAUAAAUAAAUGAUUUGAAUGAAGAUCAUUAUGAUAAUAACCAGACUAAUCUCAAUAAAGAAGUUAAUAGCAAAUUAAAAAUAUAACUAAUUUAAUAAUAAGAGAAAUAUAUAAAUUUAAAUAAGUAAAUAAUUUAUCGCGAUGAUGAAAAUGAAUAAACUAAAUACUAUAAUGAUUUAAUAGGUUCUGUUAUUUAAACAUAGUUAUUGGAAUAAAAAGUCUAAUUUUAAGUUUUAUCUACUACUGAAAAAAAGUAAAAUAAAAAGAAUGCUUAAAAUUCUUUACUUUUCGAAUAAGAAUUUGGUAUUGAAUAAAAUAAGAAUAUUAAAGAAAAUAAUGAAGAAAUGUAAAAAAAUCUUUCCAAUUUAACAAAUUCAAAUUAAUCAAAUCAAAUUUAAUAAAAAAAAUAAAAUAAAAGUUUAUCUAUAAAUAAAAUUGCACACAGUUAAUUUGAAGAAUAAUAACAAUAAAAUACCUUAAAAUAUAUAGAAGAUUAAGGAUAGACUUAAAUAUAGGAUUAAAAAAGGCUAAGUUUAAUUUACUUUGAUGAUAGUAAUGAUUUUACAAAUUAUUAAAAAUAACAAAACAUAAAUGUAAACAUUCAGUCACUAAAUUCUCAAAGAAAUCCUAGUCAAAACUAGAUUAUAGUAAUAAAUAGUAGUAGUAUUAGUAGCAGCAGCAGUAGUAGUAGCUAACAUAAAUAACCAUAAAUUUAGUAUAAUUUUAAUGGAUUAGGUUAAACAAACAAUAAUAAUUAAAGUAUCUAAGUAGAUAAUUAUUUUAAGCAGAAGGAGAAAACCGUUUCUCUGGAAGAUAUACUUUAAUAUAAUAAAUUUCAAUCAAAAGAAGAAAAUAUUUUUACAGCUUCCAACACUUCAUUUGUAGGGGAAAAUUAGCAAUUAUUAUUCUCUACAAAAAACAAUUAAAAAAAAUUUUAAUUUGACUAAUAAGGUUUAACCAAUCAACUAUAAAAGGCUACUGAAUCCGAAUAAUUUAAUAUUGAUUUUAAUUAAAAUGAUCUUUCGUUUUUAGGCAUAUAAUUAGAAAUUAGUGACAAUGAAAAAGUUUAAAAAUAUUUUAAUUAAAAUUAUGAAUUUCAAGAUUAGGCUGAAGGGAUAAGCAAAUUGACAUAAAAUUAUGAUAUUUUAUUUGAAGCAAAUGAAAUUGAAUAAAUUUUAGAAACAAUUAACUUCCAAAGUGAAUUUAGGGAAUAUAAUUUUGAUAGUGAUUAAAAUGAGUUUGAGUAAAUUUAAAAAAAUAUUGAUAUUAUUGAAACAGAUUUAAAUAUAAUUUCUAAUCAGUAAAAUGUACUUGGUUUUAAUAAUAGUUAUCAAACAAUUAAAUAGCUUGAUAAAACUGUGUCUUACUCAUAGCUAAGUAUUAGCUUAGAAGAAACAAUUAUUCAAAAUAAAUUUAAUGAAUUCAACGAAGAAUAAAAUAUAAUUUAAAAAUAAGAAAAACUUACUUAAACAGGAAAUAAACUAUCCUGUCUCUUCAUAAGAGCAGGUUAGAUAUUUUCAAAAAUAGAUUACUUGAUUUCAUUCAACUAGCUUUAUUUUACUAUUAUAAUUCCUCUCAAUUUGGCAUUUUAAUAUUUCUCAUUUGCUAAUCCUAUUUUAAUUGCAAUAGAAAUUUUAGUCAUAAUAAACGAGCUCAGGUAUUUCUUAUAGCUAAUUAACUCAUAUAAAAAUGUUAAGGUGACAAAUUCUAAGCUUAAAGCAACUAAUUCUUAAAAUCAGUAAAAUUCAUCAAGUGAAUUCAAGGAGUAAAAAUAUUCUCUUAAAAUCCUCAAAAAAAAAUAAGAUUAGGCUUGCUUGAUGGUGAUUUUAGAAGUUUUGUUACUUGUACCUUUUUCAGUUAUUUUUGACUUAAUUUAAAUCGAAGAAUUAAAUUCUAGUUUUGAGAUUACUUUCCUCAAGUUGAUUCGGAUUAUUCCCUAUUUCAGAAUAUUUAAUAUUUUUUCCAAAUUGAAAAAGAAAAAUAUUUAUUUAUACAAAGUUAUCGAGACUCUUAUUUUGUAUAUUUUGCUAUGCCAUGUCCUUGGAUGUAUAUUUAUCCUACUUGGAAAAAUAGAAUCAGAUUUUAAUUCUUCUUGGAUGAUUAAAGUUCCUGCUCCCCAAAAAAAUUUUCCUAAAAACAUUAGAGCAUAAUUAAAUAUCAGUAAUGAGAGCUUAUAUCUACAUGCAAUAUAUUGGGCAUAUGUAACUACAUCUCAUGUUGGGGUUGGAGAUGUUACUGGAGUUAACUUAAGAGAAAAGGUUUUUAGUAUAUUAGUUAUGUACAUUUCAACAUUUACCCAUAUCAUCUUCUUUGGAAACUUAGCUUCUAUGGCAAAGGAAGCUGCUUUUGUGCUCAAAAUUAAGUUAGAAUAAAAAUAUGAAAAGAUAUUUCAAACAAUAAGUCUUUUUAAUCUUACUUCAUUCAAAAUAUAACUUGAUACCUAUAUAAACUUUAUUUGGAAUGACUCAUAUGGCUUAGAUGAAAACCAAAUUUUGGAGAAGAUACCUUUUUCUUUAAAGGUAGAAAUCUUCAAAAAUAGAUACAAAAACUGUAUUAAUUAAACAUUUAUUUUCAAGUCUAAUUCCUGGUAAGUAGAUAUGGAUAUUGUUCAUUCUAUUCUCAGAUUUAUGAAAGUCAAAAUUUUUUUAUCAAAUGACAUAAUAGCUGAAGCUGGUAAAUCCUAUGAAGAUUUAUAUAUCUUUUUAUAGGGUAAAUAUGUUGCAUAUCAAUUAAACGGUAAAAAAGCUUUUGAAGCUUCAGUCGGAGAUUUCUUUGGAGGAUCUUAAACAGACUCACCUCUUACAAUUUAUUAUCAAGCAAAAACUAUUUGUAAGGUAGGUGUUAUUGAUAAAUAAUAUGUAAAGUAUCUAUAGCAAAUCUUCCCUGACUGGUAUGAAAAAAUUAUUGACAAAUAAAAAAAAAUUAAUCAAAACUUUCUCUUUGAUUUGAGCUUUUUCUAAGAAGAUUAUUACUAUCAUUAAGAGAAAACCUAAAAUAGGUUUAUAGUAAACAAUAAAAAUCAAUUAAUUGAUUUUAGUUAUAGUGUGAAACUAUUAGAUCACUACAAGUAUGUUGCAACAAGCUUUUUUGAAGUGGAAGUAGCUGUGGAUAAUGAUGAGGAUAAUAAAAAUAAUUUACAAAAUAUAUAAAUUUUAAAUUAAAUUAAUACAACAGAAGAAGAUGACUCUGAAAGUGAAGGUCUUAACAAAGAAUAAAAUCCUAAUGAAGUAUCUAUAGGCAUCAAAAAAUCACUUUAAUAAGCUAAUCAAAAUAAUAAUAAUUGGGCAAAGAAGAAUGAAGAUAGAAAACGUAGCGUUCUUUUUGAAUUUUAAAACAUCUCCAUACACAAAAGCAAUUUCUUUGAUGAUAGUUCUUAAAAAAGCGAUUCUUAUCAUAGACCUUUUAUUAUCUGUCUACCAUAUAAGGCUUAAGCAUCUUCUAAAUCAACCUUAGCUAAAGAUAUGAUUAUUCUACACUUUAAUUACAUCUACAAACUAGCUUUUAUUAAAGAUUCUAAAUAUAACUACUUUCUACAUCCUUACUCUUCAGCUUCUUAUUAUGUUUAACUCAUUAAUCUUCUCUUCACUAUUUAUAGUCUCAUUUUUACUCCUAUUUACGUCUGCUUUGAAGUUGAGCUAUCUACAUUACCAUUAGUGUUUGAAGUGAUCCAUACUGUUUAUCAAUUUAUUGAAUUAUUUAUCGAUUUGAGAACUCCAUAUUUUAAGUAAGGCUUAUUAGUCACAAAUAGCAAGAAAAUUUUAAGUUAUUUGUGGGAGAAGAGCAAUUUUAAGCUAAGAAUAGCUUGUCUCUUACCUUUAAAUUUAAUAUUUUGGUAAGUAAGCUUAGAUUAUUAAGAAAGGUCAUUUGUGCUUAAACUUAUCUUUCUUUUGCUAAGAGGCAUAAGAUUAUUAUAAAUAUUUAAUUUAGAUUCAAUUCUUGUAAGGAUUUAAACACAUAAUAAAUCUAAGCAAAAAGCUCUUGGUAUGUUAGUUGGUUUUUUACACGUGUUAAUAAUAUGGCACUACUUUUCAUCUCUAUGGAUUUGGUAUGUUUAUAACAUCUCAGCCCCUUAAUUUCCUCAAUCUAACUGGGUCGAUGCGAACAAUUUAUAGAAUGCCGAUUUAAUUAGUAAAAUACUCAACGGGCUCUUUUUUGUAAUGAGUAUUGCUACAACAUGUGGAUAUCCAAAUAUGAAAUCUUAUAAUGAUAUUGAGAGGAUAUUCUUUAUAUUUACUAUUUACUUUGGAAAUGCUAUAAUUGCUUACGAUUUUGGUUUGAUUGCUGCUUAAUCGUUGCUUUUACCUGAAAAAUAUUAGGAAAUUGACAAAAAAAUCAAAUAGUUUAAAAUUUUGCUAAAUAUCGGAAAUGAUAAUAAUAAGAAUAUCAACUUAACGAAGCUUCAUAAAAAAAUUGAGCUUUCGUAUCUUUAUAAGCUAUAUUCAAAUGUGUUUAUAGAAGAUUAACUAAAAUAAAUAAGACUGUUGAUACCUUAAACACUUUAUGACUAGCUCCUUUACAGUCAUUAAGCUAAAUACCUGUAAAAAAUACCACUUUUACUUGAGCUUUCAAAAUUUUCUCAAUUUAGAAAUAUUUAAAAGCAUAUUGAACUCAAAGUUUUCUUGCCUUAUGAUUAUAUAAUAAAGAAAGAUUCAAAAAAUGGUAACCUAUGCUUUGUUAGUAAAGGUAAUGUCAAUAUCCUUUCUCCAAAAGAAGAUGCAGUUAUUCACACUUUAUAUGAAGGUGAUUUUUUUAGCUCAGUAACUUUAACUAAAUACGGGAAAACUACUUCUUGUAGAAUUUUUACUUCUAAUAUUGCAGAAAUAGUGUAAAUUAAACAUAAAAAUGUGAAAUUAAUGUUUGAGAUUUUCCCUGAAUUUUAAAACACGAUUUAUAAGCAUGCAAGGAGAUAAAUUUGUGUACCUAUUGCAUAAAAUUAAGUAAGACUGAAUCUACUUAGUGACUAUUAGGAAGAAGCCUUCUCAUAAAUAAAUACUAUUCGUUCAAAAAUGCACACUAAAUUUAUUAACAAAGAUUUCAAUGAUAAUAUUAAUAUUUUUUUUACUUAAGAUUAUGAGGAAUAGCAAAUUUUUAAAAAUUUUAUUAGCAGCAAGAUUAAUUUUUUAGAUUAAAAGCAGUAAUAAGUUUAAUCUGAAAUUUAGAUAAGAAAGAAAAGUGAAUUCUUUCAUAGCAAUAUAUCUGAAAUAUAAUAAUAAUAAUUCAAUGAAAUUGAUUAAGUGUAAAUUUCUCAAAUACCUUUUUCAUAGGAGAGUAUAUUUAGUGAUAAUCCAGGUUUUCAUAUCAAAAGAAAAAAUAAUGUGAAUAAGAAGAAAUAAUUUUUACUUGAAGAUGAUGAUGGUUGUUUUUAAGUAAAUAAUCCCUCCUAUUAAUAAACUGAAUCUACUAAAAAUGUGUCAGAUAAAUAAAUAUGUAUCGAUCCAUAUUAAAGAAAUAAUUAACAAUAAAAUAUAGCAUUUUUUAGAUCUAAAUCUAGUAAAAAUGUAUCUAAAAAAUACCAUCCAAGCUAUUUUAAGAAAUAAAAUUCUCAAUUAAACUAACUUAAAGAAGAUUUAUUAAUUAGUGAAUUUGAUUUAAACAAUCAAAAUCAAGGAUAAGAUUAACUCAAUAAUAUACAAAAACUUAAUUCUUUGUAAUAGUCUUUAAUUUUCAAUGAUGAAGCUUUUAUAGAUUAUAAAGAUUUAAAAUAAACUGAUGGAGAUAACAAUCAAUAGUUAAAUGAAGAAAAAAUUGAUGAAGCCUCGAAUUUAAAAAAUGAUGAUUAAAAAUAUAGAAGCAAAAAAUAGCUGAAUAAUUAUUAAAGGAAAUUUUAGUUAUAUAAAAAUAUCUAAAAUGAACAUGAAAAAGAUUAACUUAAUGUAAAUAAAAAUAGUAAUCGUAAAUUCAGUAGUUUUGAAUUAACGAAGAAUAAUUAAGAAUUUUGA